AUGUCUUCCACAACCAGCGCAACCACAGCCACCAGCACAGGGACGGGAAAAGGGACAUUCACGCUCCUCCUCUUCGCCUCCGCGUCCACCUACGCCUCCGGGCUCGAAACCCUCCAUUUACCCGCGCCAACAACCCUCCGCGGGAUCAUGGCGACACUCGAGUCCCGUUUCCCGGGUAUGCGCGACAAGGUCCUCCGCAGCGCGGCCGUGACGGUGAAUCUCGAGUACGUUGACUUCGAUCUCGAGGCGGAGUCUGAGGCGAGCCGGGGAGACGGGCAAGGAGGGGGAGGAGGUGGGUUGGAUAUGGUGAUCAACGAGGGGGAUGAGGUCGGUGUUAUACCGCCUGUGAGUAGUGGGUAG